UCUGCUCUUGCGUUCUCGCAUAUAUCAGCUGAGCUGAAACAGCAGAUAUAGGUAUACAGUCGCAGAUGGGGAUGCAUGUUGACAUAAGUAUGUAGUUCUUACGAUAUUUGUAACCGAAAGGAAUUCAAUUACUUUCUCAUGUUUUAAAUGGAUUUUAUUCUAUAUAAAACAUCAGUUUGCGUUAACUCGCUUAACCAACUACGCUGCUGAGAACAAUCUUGUUCAACACGAUCUUGUAAUCUAACCUACGUAACAACAAAUUAUAUCAACAUGAAUAUUUUACCAAAAAAGAGAUGGCACGUUCGUACCAAAGAAAACAUUGCCAGAGUACGUCGAGAUGAAGCACAAGCUGCAGAGGAAGCAAGGAUUGAACAAGCUCGAAUCGACAAAGCUGAAAGCGAAGCAAGACUCAAUUUUUUAAGGAACGAAUCCAGGAAAAAGAAUGGCACUGCCACUUCAGACUCGAUUGCAAGUGAGCCAGAGCCAGAUAAGAGUACAAAAUCCUCUUCUAAGCACAUUAAUUUCUUUGAAGAGCUAGAGCAAGGUAAUAUUGACCAUACAAAAACAAAUAAGGAGUAUGAAAAGGACAAGAAGGAAGAGCAAGAAAAAUAUGAGAAACAAAUAGGAUUAUUAACUUAUCUUGGUCAAGGCCUUCAAGAAGCUGUUAAUAAAAGUUGGUAUAAUGAACUGCCCAAACGUGUCAAUGAUCCAGAAAAAAACAUUGAAAUCAAACCGAACAAGAAAAUUCUUGAUGAUCCAAUGCAAGAUGUCAAGAGAUAUUUGAAUAUAAUUUCUAUAAAAAAUAAAAUCAAACCAAAGGUAAAAUCUGAAUCUAGCACAAUCGAAACUAGUAAAAAUAAUUUAGAUGUAAAGGAAUCUAAAAAAUCUGGUGAAAAACGAAAACGAAAGUUGUCAGAAGAUGACUCAACUGACAAUGAAAGGAAAAGUCACAAAAAGCAGAAGUGUAAGUCAUCAGAUGAUAAUUCUAGUGAAGAUGGGCAUAAAUCACGAAAAAAACACAAAAAGAAGCAUAAAAAAAACAAGAAAUCAAAAAAGGAAAAACAUGAAAAAGAAACUACUACACCUAGUAUAAACAUUGAACAAUUACGAGCAGAAAGAUUAGAAAGGGAAAAACGAGAAAGACUGAGAGCACAAGCAUUACUUGCAGCCAAAGGAAAAUCAGUGGAGGGACGCUCGCAAGCACCAUUUCGGCAGAAGUAUAACUCUCAAUUUUUCCCUCAACUCGCCAGACAAAAUUGCGAAAAAGAUUAUAGAUAGUGCUGAAAGCUAUCUAUUCAUUUCUUACGCAAAUAAAAGAUUGUAAAUAAUUUAUGUAUCAUAUUAGGAUAUUACUGUAUAUUACAAAAUAAUAAUAAGCUCUAUAUUUAGUUUGCAUA